AUGGCAGACACAAACGCAGUCCCGGUGUCCACGGCCGAGGAUGAAUCCAACUCGGUCUUCAGUCACGAAGAUGGCGGGUCGAGUGGUGAGGACACAACUCAGACAGGACCCGCCGCGUCGGGAAAGAAGAGAAAGAGGGAGAAGUAUCAGAAGACGUCAUGCGAGUUAUGCAAGGCAAGGAAGGUCAAAUGUGACAGGGCCGAGCCUGCAUGUUCUUGGUGUGCACGGCAUAACCGGACUUGUGUCUAUCUGGAGAGACAAAAGCCAGGGAGUCGUAUCGGGUUUACCCUUGAGUUGGAGACCAAAGUAAACAGAGUUGACGCUCUCCUCCAGACUCUAUGGCGACGAGUUGAGGAUCACAUCGCGAAUGAUCACGGAGCACAGUCGCAAACUUUGUCGCCCGCUGUCAGUAACCAUGCUUCGGUUCAGCUCGAUGGGUUUGGCCAGGAAGCAGUCGGUACCAGACCUCCUGGUGUUUCUAGAGGUACACCAAUUCAGCAACCGAGAGCUCCGGCAUUUUCAAGUCCUUCAUGGCAAGGUGGUGAUGGCUCAGAGGGCCUGCAGCAAAGCGCUCCAUCAGUAACUUCUGCCCCAGGUCAGUCUUUGUUAUCUGGUGGUGCUGAGUCCUUCACGCCUCCGUCAAGAUUGAACAAUGUUCGCUCCGGAUCAACAUCGCUUUCGGGAGGAACGGAUUUACCCCCCCAGGACAUGAUUUAUACUCUCGUUGAUCUGUACUUCAAGCAUUGCAAUACCUGGUGCCCGAUUCUCGAUCGCAAAACCACAUUUGGUAUAUUCUUUGGCUCUACUUCUUUAAAUGAAGUCGAUCGGAUCUUGCUACAUGCGAUUGUGGCAACCACGUUACGCUUCCUCAAAGAUACCCGGUUGUCACCGGAAAUGCGAUCCCACUAUCAUGCCGUGUCGAAACACAAGGUCAUGAUUUACGCCAUGGAACAUGUCAGCAUCGAAGCCCAAAGGGCAUUGGUCAUCCUUGCUUUGGAUGAGCUUGGGACAUCAAACGGCCCUCGAGGUUGGAAUCUACUGUCUAUACUGGUGCAGAAUGUACGACAACUGGAUCUUUGUGAAGAGAACAAAAUGUAUCUGUCUGCAGAUGCGAGCGAAACUCCAAGCACCGGAUCCAUUCGGAGAGUUGUUGUGCCUCGGCCAGACUCUUGGAUAGAGGAUGAGGGUCGCAGGCGACUAUGCUGGAUGGUUUACCUUCUCGAUCGAUACGCAACAAUCGCCACGACGACUUUCGACUUCAUGCUAGAGGAUUCGAAGAUGAAGCGUGUCCUGCCUUGCUCGUAUGACUUGUUUUCUAGGAAUGUCCCUGUGGAAACGGGGUCUCUAAACACGAAUACAGAUCAGCAAGGUUGGACUGGAUACACUGUCGACAAGCCAGAGAAUCUGGGCAGCUUUUCUUAUCACUGCGAGGUGCUCGGCAUUCUCAGCAAGGUCCAUGACUUUUUGAAGCGGCCAGUCGAUGUCACGUCGUCAGCUGAAAUGACUACAUGGCGAAACACGUACCGAUCACUAGAUUCCGCCCUGGAUAGCUGGUUACAGAGCUUGCCAAGCGAAUACAGUAGAAUCUCAGCAUUGUGUCACUCAGAUCCAGCCAGCCGAGUAGCCAACUGGUUCAUGCUGCAUAGUGCGUACGUCACUGCCGUCGUUCGCUUGCAUUCGUCUGCUGCCUACCCGACAGUUCGAUCCCACAUAUUCGUACCGUCACAUUAUGCUAUGCAGAGGUGCCUAUCAGCGGUACAGAGUUUGAGGGAUAUCACGCAGGACGUAUUCGAGGCUAAUGGUUUGGACUUGGUCGGCCCGCCGUUUGCGUUCUCUCUUUGGAUCGCAGCUCGACUGCUCAUCGUUCAUGCUGCAAUGGUGGGCUGUCCAGUAGAUCCCAAAAUUAAUUUUUUUAUCGACAUCCUGGGAUAUGUUGGCCAGUAUUGGGAGGUCGCUAACAAUUACGCAAGAAUACUUGCAAGAAUUGUCCAAAGGGAACGGCAGGGAGAAGCAAGCUUUGGCGCUAUGAGAAAGAGCGCUCAUGAAUUGGUAAACCUGACAUCCGCAACACGCCAAAGGGGCUUGGAUGAGACGGCAUCUCACUCCGUGUCACUCCACGACCUCGACAGCAUCGAUGUCUUCGACUUCUUUAACUAUCCGAAAAUCCCCAACAUGCCGUCCACUAGCCAGAACGGCCAAACGGGCAUCUACCACUUACAGGGAUUGGUGAACAUGGGAAGUGAUCAGUCAAGAGACGGAGCAGCCCCGGACCCCGAGUCCGACUGGCUGGGGUACUGA